UUCUGAUUCGACUGCAAACUCAACUUUUAGUUGGGCUUCUAUCUGUGAUAGUGAACGCGCGUCUGCUCGAGUCGAGGGACGUCGCAUUAAACUACUGUACCAUAAUUAUCGUCGCCUUAAACUAUCGUCGCAUUUAACUAUCGUAGCCUUAAACUAUCGUCGCAUUUAACUAUCGUCGCCUUAAACGAUCGUCGCAUUUAACUAUCGUCGCAUUUAACUAUCGUCGCCUUAAACGAUCGUCGCAUUUAACUUUAUCGUCGCAUUUAACUUUAUCGUCGCCUUAAACUAUCGUCGCAUUUAACUAUCGUCGCCUUAAACUAUCGUCGCAUUCAACUAUCGUCGCCUUAUUAUCAUUAUUGUUCGCGACUGUCGUUUACUGUUAUCUACUGUCGGUUAUUGUUACUGUUAGUUACUGUUACCUUUUUCUCCUGGUGUGUUACUAUGGAUACGAAAGCUGCCAAAUCGGCCGCAAGACGCCAGUACUUGGCAACCGUCAUUGGUAACCUGUCAUCCCUCUGCAUCGGCAUGAUGCUCGGCUGGACAUCGCCAGUCCAACCACUCUUGAUGUCCGAGACGCCUCCAGUCGGGAACUACUCACUGACUCGAACCGAGGUGUCCUGGAUAGGAUCCAUGAACUUCAUCGGCGGCGCAGCGGGAACCCUCUUCUGGGGCAAGGUCAGCGACGCCCUGGGCCGCAAAAUGGCCGGCUGCCUGAUCGCCUUCCCCUUCACCCUGGGCUGGAUCCUGAUGCUGGUCGGCACCGACUUUGUGUGGAUCGUCGUGGCGAGGUUCGUGACUGGCGUGGGGUGCAGUGGCGCAGUCAUCAACACACCCCUCUACGUCGCUGAGGUGUCGGAGGACAAACGACGGGGUGCCCUGGGGUCCUGCUUCAUGAUGUUCCUCAACCUGGGCGUGGUGGUCUCCUACACCAUUGGAUCCUUCACUAGCUACCACACCUUCACGUCCAUCUGUCUCUCAGUACCAAUCAUCUACUUGUCUCUCUUCUUCUGGCUUCCCGAGUCUCCAGUAUCUGCGUUUGUUCGAGGGAAAAAAGACGUAGCCGAAACAUCCCUACUAUGGUACCGAGGGAAUGAUUCAGUUGCAGUAGCUAAAGAAAUAUCCCGUCUCCAGGCGAGAGCUGAUAGCAUCAAGAAUAACCGUGCAUCGUUCCUGAGUCUGUUCUCAUCAAGAGGCACCAUCAAAGCUCUCAUAAUCGGUAUCGGGUUCUCGUUUGGACAACAGUUCUGUGGAAUUCUAGCUAUACUCACUUACAGUGUCAUGCUUUUCAAGGAAGCUGGUACUGAGCUGUCUCCAUUCACCGGUGCCAUCAUUGUGGGACUUCUACAACUGUGUUCCUCGUUCGUAUCUUCUCAACUAGUGGACAAAGCUGGGAGAAAGGUACUCCUUGUCACCUCCUACACUGUCAUGUCACUAACACUCCUAGCUUUAGGACUCUACUUUGAUGUGAAAACCUACGAUAGGUUCGACCUCAGCGAAUGGAGUACGAUACCAAUCUGGGCAAUGUCUAUCCAUGUCAUCUUCUACUCAAUUGGAGCCGGUCCGGUUCCUUUUGUAGUCAUCUCGGAAACUUUCCGGCCGGAAAUCCGCGGUAUCGCAGUUGCGAUCGUCAUGUUCUUCAGCACGACACUGUCGUUUGCGAGUGUACGACUGUUCCCGAUCGUUGUGGAACUUGUGGGUCUCCACGGCUGCUUCUGGUCCUACGCUGCCUCCUGUAUACUGCUAACAUUUUUCACAGUUGUCCUGGUUCCCGAAACUAAAGGCCGUUCCCUGCAGGCCAUCCUCAAGGAACUGGAGGGAGAAAAGCAGGAGAGUGAUGCAGAGGGUGCAGAUGCUGAAUUGUGCACUGUUAAAAAUAUCAGAAUUGUCAAGUCGAAUAAGACAAACUCCAAUGUGAGAUGACAUGAUAAAUUCCUCGAUAUUGUUAUGAUAAAUCCACCGAAAUUUUUGAAUAGACUGUCCUUUAUGAUAGUUUAACGUGUAUGUAAACUUUCGUGUAGGCUAUUCUAUAGUGAGGUCCACGUUAUAAUGGCAGUGUUUGAUUAGCAAUGGUAUUGCUAUCCUUAACUAUCAUUCAACAAAGCGGAUAGCGCUAUCUCUUUCUCGCUUUGCUCUAUUGCCAAAAACUACACAACAUCUAGAAGAAAUUGAAAUUAAAAUAUAUAGUAUACAUGUAGACAUUUGAGACUCAUGAACUUUAUAUGUGUUGUGUAUCUGUUAUACGCUAAAUAAAUAAAUUGCCAGAUCGUCUUUAAACAAUGUAAAAUUGAAAAUCAAUGAAGAAAAUACUUCAUCCUAAUUAUGAAGUUAUUGAAAAAUAUGAUUUCUUGCCUAAUAAAAUAUAAUUGAUUAUUUUAAACGAGAAUGGACCGUUAAUAUUGCAUCAAUAAACCUGUAUCAGCUACCGUCUAUAGAAGGCAUUGAGAAGACUGAGGAUCGGCAACGUUUUUCUCCAAUCUUUCUCCACUGCCAUUAUAACGUGGACCUCACUCUAGAUGUAGCGAUAAUUGCUCAUUUCGAUUUCAACUACUUCUUGACAGCUUUAAUGAAAUUAUAGUUUCAGUAUUUGAAUAUAAGUACUUAAUAGUUCAGUGUACUCUGCAGAAUAGAGUUUGAACACGAACAAUGAUUAAUUGUAGUUUAUUGCAAAUUUCUUGUUAAUUGAGUGCCGGUUGUACAAAAUUUAUUCAAAUUAUAACCGUGAUUAAUUCCACGAGAACCAAUCAGAGAAGCCGUCUUUUCAAAAACGCCUUCUCUGAUCGGUUCUCGUGAAAUUAAUCACGGUUAAGAUUUAACCGGCUUUUGGGCAACCGUGCCUCAGUUUGAGUUUAAACUUAAUAAUUGAGCUUAAACUUAUUAAUUAUUAUUAUUUGUAUUGUAAUUGAUGAAAUAAUAUACUGUGAAAUAUAAGUAUAUCAAGUUGCAUACAGACUUAUGUGCCACGAACUCACGCGUUGCACUUUUCAUCAGCUGAUGCUAUUUUUAUCAUAAUCUGUUUCAUACAGAAACAUUAAUAUACAGAUAAAAUAAGCUUAUGAAAAUUAAGAUGUGCGUAUUAUCAUAGAGAAACAAUAGCAUAAAUAAUCAUCCCAUGAUAUAGGGCGUUUAUGUCGCAACUUUUACUGUUAUCUUAAGCCGAUUACUGUCGAUCAUUGUCGAUUUUUACUGUUUUG